AUGAGCGCAAGAGCCCUUCAGGGAAAUAGCGCAAGAGCCUUUCAAGGAAAUACGCAUGGGGUUACUUGGGUGACUCCGUCGCUUCUUGCUGCUUCCGGCCCGUCCUCGUCCUCCUCUGCUCCCCGUCCGUCUCGCCGGCCAACCACAGCCGUCCGUGCGGGCAGUGGGAUCAGCCACGUGGACGGUCUGGAUCCGGAAGAGUUCAAGAACGCGCGGAUCACGGUGACGGACGACGGUAUUAUUUUUUCCGUGGUGGACGACGGUGAAUCGGAUAGGGAAAACGAGGUUCCGGAGGAGGUAUGGGAGAGGGAGGAGGGGACAGAGGGGGAGGAGAGGUCGGCUGUGGGUGGUGUGGAAGAGGAGGGAAGAGAUGGUGCUGUGAGUGGGGAAGACGAGACGGAGGAAGAGGAGGAUGAAGGGGGAGAGGCAGCGGCGGGGGUGAUGGAAGAGGCGCAGAGGGUGAUGGAAGAAGCGGCGAAGCUUCUCAGCGUGGCGGAACGACCCGUGGUGGUUGAUGUGGCCGUGAGUGACAGUGAGGAGGAGGACGAGGGGGAAGCGGAAGAGGAUAACGAGGGGGAGGAGGAAGACGAGGAGCAAGAGGAGGACGAAGCGGAAGAGGCGGAGGAGGCAGAAGAGGAGACACUGGCGAUGGGAGCAGAGGAGCAGGUGGGUGGGCGAGACGGCAAGAGGGAGGAAGAGGCGGUAGAGGCGUUAGAGGAGGAGGAGCCCCUCGUUUAUGACCCACCACCGCAGGCGGACUCGAAUGUGGAUCUGGAGGCGACCCUUGGCGCCACUGCUGCUGGUAGCAGUGCCGUUGCUGACAGCAGCUACGGUGCCGAGGGUGGGCAGGACGGCAGGGGGGAUGUAGAGGCGUUGGAGGAGGCGCCUAUUUAUGACCCGCCAGCGUCAGUGGAUUUGGGUGUGGGUCUGGAGAGGACGCUUGGCGAUGCUGAUGCUGCUGGUGCCAGCCUCGUUGCGGACAGCAGUUAUGGUGCUGGGGAUGGCUUUGGUGCUGAUGUGAGCUCCGUUGGUGAUGUGAGCUACAGUGCUGAUGUCAGCGAUGGUGCUGGGGAUGGCUUUGGUGCUGAUGCAGAGGCGGAGGCGGAGGCAGCAGCAGCAGAAGCAGUGGCAGCAGAGGCAGCAGCUGCAAACGCAUUAGCUGGAGAAGCAGCAGCAGCAGCAAAAGCACUGGCAGCGGAAGCAGCAGCGGCAGCAGCAGCACAAAGGGAGAGGGAGUUUGAGGAGGCUGCUGCGAAGGAGAGAGAGGCUGCUGUGAGGGAGAUGAGGGAAGAGAAUAGGCAGGAGAAGCUACGGGCACUGCAGGCAGAGCACGAGUUUGUCACAGCUAAAAUGUUCUUUUACCCUGAGGCCGGGCAGGUCCGGGCAGGCGAAACCGUGGAUAUUUUUUUCCACCGCCCGGCAAGCGUGCUGAAAGAAAAGGCUGGGAUUUUUGUCGUAGGUGCUUUUAACGAGUGGCAGUGGGAGCCGUUUAAGUAUGAGCUGAAGCCCUCUAACGAGGUGGCAAAUGACUGGUGGACGUGCAGCAUGACUAUACCGAAGGAGGCGUAUCAGAUGAACUUCGUUUUCCACAGCAGUGAUAACGUGUAUGAGAACAACGAGGGGCGGGAUUUCUACAUCUCAAUAGAUGGGGGCAUGGGAGAGGAUGAAUUUGAACGGUUCUUGAAUGAGCAGAAGCAGAGGGAGGCGGAGGAGAGGGCAGCAGAGGAGGCGGAGAGAGAGAGGAAGGCAGAGGAGGAGAGGAGGGCCGCCCUGCUGCGAGCCCAGCAGGAGGAGGAACGGGCGACGGCCCGAGCCGUGGCUGAUGAGGCUCGGCAGAGGCUUGGGCCGAUAUGGGAGAAUGCAGGGGCGGGAGAGGAAGGGGUGUGGCGCCUGGAGGUGAAGGAAGGGGCGGAAUGGGGAGGGAAAGUGGCAGGGGAAGGAGGGGGGGUUGAGAAGGGGGUGGUGGUGAGGGUGGAGUAUAACCGGGCGGGUAGGCCCCUGGCAGGGGCGGGGGAGGUGUGGCUGCAUGCGGGGGUGAAUGGGUGGCAGGGCGGCGUGUCUGUUGUGGAGAAACUGGAGUGUGUUAAUAACGAGGAUGGCGACUGGUGGGCCGUGGAAGUCGCUCUACCACAGGACGCAGUGGCGCUCAACUGGGUGUUUGCGGAUGGGCCAGUGGGGAAAGCAGGCGCGUGGGACAACAACAGCCGGCGGGACUUCGCGGGGCGGAUUGGCGAUGCGGAGCAGAUUGAGGCCCUGUUUGAGGGCAUGGCGGCGGAGUGUCUGCAACGACUGGAGAAAGAGAGGGAGGAGCGGGAUGCGAAAGAGGCUGAGGAGGCAGCGCGGCGUGCGGAAAUCAAAGCAGCCAUGAAGGCACGCACCAAAGCAGUGUUCCUGCAGUCCCAGGCACACGUGUUCUUCACUGAGCCUGCAGAACCACGAGCAGGAGAGGCAGUGCGCGUGUACUACAACCCUAGCGGCACGGCGCUGCAGGGCAGGGAGAAAGUGUGGAUGCGCGGGUCGUUCAACCGCUGGACCCACCGCUCGGGGUGCUUCCUUCCCCUUCAGAUGGAGCCCGCUGACAACGGCACUCACCUCGUGGCUGAAGUCCCCGUGCCUCACGACGCGUACAUAAUGGACCUUGUCUUCAUGGACAGCAGCGACCCCACCACGGCAACGUAUGACAACCGGGGAGGCCUGGACUACCACGUGCCCGUGGCGGGCAGCACUGCCAGGGAGCCGCCUCUCUACAUCGUGCAUGUUGCUCUCGAGAUGGCACCUGUUGCCAAGGUGGGGGGUCUGGGUGAUGUAGUGACGUCACUGUCGCGAGCCACAAUUGAGCUGGGCCACAGAGUGGAAGUGGUGCUGCCGAAAUACGACUGCCUCAAGUAUGACCAGGUGCAAGGGCUGGAGGCGAGGGGCGAUUUCCUGUGGGGCGGCACGCGGUGGCUGGUGUGGCAUGGCCGAGUGGAGGGCAUCCCCGUGCACUUCCUCGAACCUGAGAGCGGGUUGUUCUGGGUGGGGUGCAUCUACGGCCGCAAGGACGAUGCUGCCCGCUUCGGCACCUUCUGCCACGCGGCCCUUGAGUUCCUGCUGCAGACAGGCCGCUCCCCGGACCUCCUGCAUUGCCACGACUGGUCGUCAGCGCCAGUGGCGUGGCUGCAGAGGGAGCAGUACAGCGGGUACGGAGGGGGCAACGCACGCACAGUGUUCACCAUCCACAACCUCGAGUUCGGGCAGGACAUGAUUGGCCGCGCCAUGGCAGCCUGCGACAUGGCCACCACUGUGUCCCCCACAUACGCGGCGGAGGUCAGUGGGCAUGCAGCAGUGGCGGCACACAGGGCCAAGUUCCACGGCAUUCUCAAUGGCAUCGACCCCGACCUCUGGGACCCCAUGGGGGACCCUUUCCUUCCGAUGAAAUACUCCUCUGCCGAAGUCGUGGAGGGGAAGCAGGCAGCCAAGGCAGAGCUGCGCGCGCGCCUCAACCUCCGCUCCUUCACCCCUUCAGAAGACCGUCCCUUAGUGGGCAUAGUCACGCGCCUGACAGCACAGAAGGGCAUAGCGCUGAUCAAGCACGCGCUGUGGCGCACGCUGGACAGAGGGGGACAGGUGGUGCUGCUGGGGUCGGCCCCUGAUGGGCGCGUGCAGGGCGAGUUUGAGGCGCUGGCGAGGGACCUAGGGCGCUCGCAUGGAGACAUGGCCCGGCUCUGGCUGACCUACGAUGAGCCCUUGUCGCACCUGAUCUACGCAGCCAGUGACAUGAUUCUCGUCCCCUCCAUAUUUGAGCCGUGCGGGCUCACCCAGCUGGUUGCGAUGCGGUACGGAGCGGUUCCAGUGGUGCGCAAGACAGGCGGGCUGAGGGACACAGUGAUGGACGUGGACAGUGAGGAGGACAGGCAGAGAGCGGCAGAGAGAGGCAUGGAGGCCAACGGAUUCUCCUUUGAAGGGGCCGAUGCUGCUGGCGUUGACUAUGCCCUCAACAGGGCGAUCUCGGGGUGGUACGAUGGGAGGGAGUGGUGGCAGGGCCUGGCUAGGCGAGUCAUGGAGCAGGACUGGACGUGGAACCGCCCCGCUCUUGACUACCUUGAGCUCUACUAUGGCGCUCGGAAAUAG